AUGAUCGCCACCACUACACCGGAAAUACAGAUAACAAAAUUCUGGGAAAUAGAAGAAGCAGAUACCCUCACAAACAACAACAGCCAGGAAAGUCCCUGCCAAGAAUUCUUCAAGAAAACUUACACGAGGAAUCAGGAUGGCACAUAUACUGUACGACUGCCAUUCAAGGAGAAGGAACAAUUGCUAGGACAAUCAAGAAAAACCGCCAUCGCUCGACUUUUGCAGAUAGAGAAGAAGUUCGAAAAGGACGAGAAAUUGGAAGGAAUGUACAAAGAAUUCAUGUGGGAAUAUAUCGAACUAAAACACAUGACUCCAGCAAAUCAGACGACCAGCACAAGAUACUACAUUCCGCAUCAAGCAGUAAUAAAAGAGGACAGAGAAACAACAAAACUGCGUGUCGUAUUCGACGCGAGCCAGAAAACCAGUACCGGAAUCAGUUUAAAUGAUAUAUUACACACUGGUCCCAAGCUUCAACAAUAA